UGUCCGCCAUUUUGAUCAGAACAUAUGACAAUUUUUUUUCCUGUCUUAGCCUGCGUGAGCCUGGCGCUUGGAUUUUAAGCCUAUUCGGUGCAGAAAUAAAGACAAAUACAUCCAAAUAAGCUGGUGCAGAGCCAUCCGUAAUCAUUGCACGAUCACAAAGAUCUAAGGACGUCGGCGGACCAACAUACGGUUCCUCGGAUGUUUACAUGAUAAAUAUUUCCUUGCCUCUGUCAUAAGGUUUGGACUCUUGCUGGCCUGUCGCACUGCUGCCCCCGUACCCUGCUGAGCAGCUGUGGAGCCUGAUAGGUUAACAACAAUAUCUCAGCUGAGGUGGAGCAAAAGGAGAAGUUCCAUGCUGGUUAAUGAAAGCAUUUUUACCAUUCUGUGCACUCUGCAAUCUGCAAGACAAAUGUUCGCCUGCCUGUGGAAGAGGUUUAAUUAAGGAUACACACAUUUUAUUGACAGAUCUGUGUGCCUGAUCACGAUGUUCUGGAAGUUCGACCUGCACACCACCUCCCACAUCGACAAGCUGCUGGACAAGGAGGAUGUGACGCUGCGGGAGCUCAUGGACGAAGAUGACAUCCUGCAGGAGUGUAAGGCCCAGAACCGGCGGCUGCUCCUCUUCCUCAGCCAGGACCACUGCAUGGAGGAGCUGGUCACUCUCAUCACUCAGGAGCCUCCACAGGACAUGGACGAGAAGAUCCGCUUCAAGUAUCCAAACAUUGCCUGUGAGCUGCUGACAUCAGAUGUGAACCACAUCAACGAUAAGCUUGGAGGGGAUGAGUCGUUGCUUGAAAUACUGUACUGCUUCCUGGAGCAGCCAUCUCCCCUUAAUCCUCUUCUGGCCAGCUUUUUCAGUAAAACUAUCGGCAACCUCAUUGCUAGAAAAACAGAACAGGUCAUUGCCUUUUUGAGGAAGAAAGAUGGGUUCAUCAGUUUAGUACUGAAACACAUAGACACUUCAGCCAUGAUGGAUCUGCUGCUGCGACUCAUCAGCUGUGUGGAGCCUGCUCCAUUAAGGCAAGACGUGUUGAAUUGGCUAAAUGAAGAGAAGCUGAUCCAGAGACUUAUAGAGCUUAUUUGCACGGGAGCAGAGGAGGAGAAACAGUCCAAUUCUUCUCAAACCCUGUGUGAUAUAAUUCGACUGAGCAGAGACCAGGCAACACAGCUGCAAGACACCACAGAACCUGACCCACUGCUCACUGUGCUGGAGUUGCAGGAAAGUGUUGAACAGCUGUUGAAAAACAUGUUUGAAGGAGAUCACAGCGAGAGCUGCAUAGUCAAUGGAACGCAAGUGCUACUUACAUUACUAGAAACCAGGAGACCAGUGGUCGAAGGGCUGAUGGAUUUGUGCUCUCAGGGAUACGAAAGGUCUUACACUGUCAAUAGCAGCAUAUUACAUGGUAUUGAGCCUCAUUUAAAGGAUUUUCACCAGCUCCUUCUUGAACCUCCUAAGAAAUGUGCAAUAUUGACCACGAUUGGAGUGCUUGAAGAGCCACUGGGCAAUGCUCGUCUUCAUGUAGCCAGACUCAUUGCCUCCCUUCUACAGACCAACAUGCCCAGCAUUACCGAGGAGCUUUGCAGGCUGAAUACCAUGGACCUUCUACUUGAUUUAUUUUUUAAGUACACCUGGAAUAAUUUUUUGCACUUCCAAGUGGAGCUGUGCGUGACAGCAAUUCUGAACCACUCCGCCCACGAAGAGAAAGCUACAGGGAGUCCAGGCAAUAAGGAAGAGGGGCAGAGCCCCACUGCCGACUCUGAGACUAACGACAGCUCAUCUCAGAACAUCCUUGUGGCUCACCUUUUCCAGAAGUGCCGGUUGGUGCAGAGGAUAUUAGAUGCCUGGGAAGCCAAUGACAAAAUACAGGCAGAAGGGGGGAUGAGAAGAGGCAAUAUGGGACACCUCACAAGAAUAGCCAAUACUGUGGUACAAAACAUGGAGAAAGGGCCUGUCCAGGCUCAAAUCGUUGACCUCAUCAAAGAGCUACCUGAGGAUUGCCGAGGACGGUGGGACAGUUUUGUAGAGGAGACGCUGACAGAAACCAACAGGAGAAACACAGUAGAUCUGGUGACUACACACAAUCUACAUUCUUCUAGUGAGGAUGAUGAUAUAGAAAGCCCGUUCCCCAAUGAGCUGUCACUUCAGCAAGCUUUCUCAGACUAUCAAAUCCAGCAGAUGACAGCCAACUUCGUUGAUCAGUUUGGUUUUAAUGAUGAGGAAUUUGCCGAACAUGAUGACAACAUCAAUGCCACGUUUGAUAGGAUUGCAGAAAUAAAUUUCAACCUAGAUGCUGAUGAUGAAAGUGCAAAUGCAGCAGUUUUCGAGGCAUGCUGUAAAGAGAAAAUACAGCAGUUUGACGAUAACGAAGAUGAAGAGGAUAUCUGGGAGGAGAAAGAAAUAAACUAUGCAACACAAGUCAAGUCAAGAACACGGUUUGGAGUUUCCCGUACAUCUGAAAGCUCUUCCAAGAGCGAUGUGGAGAAUGGAGAGCAGGAUAGAAGCAUCAAUUCGGACGAAGAGGAAGAGGAGCCGGGGACGAAAGAGGCCAUUACUGACCAAGAAAACAGCAGGAACAAAAGCCAGACUGAUGCCAAAGAGGCACAUUCACCAGAAAGCCCUGGAUGGACAGCUGACUUUGAAGACAUGGUGAAUUCGAAGCCUCCGGCCCCCUGUGUGGCUGUAGAUGUAGGUUCCAGUGUUUGGGACUCGGCUGUUGCCCCUCAAAACACCAGUGAAACUGAGGAGAAAGGAUGGGCAAAGUUCACCGAUUUCCAGCCUUUCUGUUGCUCAGAGUCUGGCCCCAGAUGUAGCUCCCCUGUUGACUCAGACAGUAAUGAUUCUGAAGGACAUCCCAAACAAAAUCAGGAUAAAAACUUCAUCAGCUCCUCUCCCUGCGUGUGGAAUGUGUGUGUGGCGCGGAAGGCACCUCUUGUGGCAUCAGACAGCAGCUCCUCAGGGGGAUCUGACAGCGAGGAGGACGAAGACAAAGCAGACAUCGUCACAGAAACCAUAACAACAGGCUCGGGCCAUGAAACCAUCAAACUCACCAUGGAUGCCAAAAAUGAGAAAGCAGUCUUCACAAGAGCAAAGGACCCGCACAGAAUAUUUAGGCCUGCAGUUAGAGGUGAUGCCGACUCCAUGCUAAUAGACAAGCUCACUCUCACAGACGGGCCUCAGAGGGUCUCUGAGUCUCCAAACAGAACUGAGGUGCCUACAGACCCACUUAGUUCUGCGGCCACAGAUAACUCUGCAACAGACCUCACUGUGAAAGACAAAGAAGAGGCAGCCCCUUCAUCAGAGGCGACUCUCAAUGGGCCGGCUUGAUCACACCCGGAUAGGGGCAGGUCGGAGACGCUCUGGGCCACUUCCAUUUUACUCCAAAAACCUCUUGAUGCAACUUUGUGUUUCAGAAAAUGCUGCGAUGUUAUUGGACCCUGCUAGUCAGGACCAGUAAAUGGGGGAGGGGCUAAAAAAAUCUUACAGAAACUUUUUUUUUAGCUGAUGUUGAAAUUGUACUGUUUAAAUGUAGCAGUGAACUUAUGAUUAUGGUUUCAAAGGAUUCAACAUUUUCUUCAUUUCCUGGAAGACCGACUAUGGCUGUUUCCUUUUAUUUGAAUUUGUUUUUAGCUGUAAACAGUAUUGGGUUGUGUGACAGGAAGUGCUUUGGGAUAAGAAACAGCAACCACGUCCUAAAGAUGCGGCCUCACAAUCUCAUUCCUAAAUAGUUGAAUUGCACUUGAACCACUUUUUAGACUAGCCCAGGGAUGCCACAUUGUAACAAUUUUGGUCAAGAAGUCAAAGACGCUUCCUUCACAGACCGCCUCUGUGAUGUCUUCAUGUUCCAAGCUGCAGUUUUACAUGGAGUUUGACGUUUCUUUUAAACCGGUUUGAAAAAUAUUUUUGUAUCAGGCCUAUGUCAAAGUCAAUGGAGUCCAAUCUGUUUGAAACGUAAACAUGUAUUUAGCAUAAACCACUCUGUCACAAGAACAUAGCAGAAUUUCUAUGGAGAAAGUCCAAGAGCAGAAGUGUAUCUCUGUACUCAGUAAUUUCAGAGUGUGGUGGCCUUUCCCCUUAAAACUGGGAUUCAGCCACUGUAAUCACAAAAAGAAAAGGGUUCAUUGCAUGUUACUGUUUUGGCUGUUACUGUUAAUUGUUCUCAUUUCCAGAGUUCCCUUUUUCUAUUAUGUAAGCAGGUGUUUCAUGGAGAAGUGAAAGUCACUGAUAUGUCAGGGGAUGUCACAGUGCUCAGAAAUGGUGGAAAUAAACCAUUAAUCCCUGCCUUUUUGCUCCAAUAAAUGUUUCCCCGUUUAAUAAAAAAAAGCCUUAAUAGGAAGUACAUGAUUGUGGAUGGCAAGUGGUUAGAGGAAGUCAGACACAAAAACUGUGCACACUGCAGUGAGAAAUGUGACCCAGUUUAAACAUGUCCCCUACUUUCAGUGGUUUUACAAGAAUUUAAUUUUAAAAUUAAGCAAAGGUAUUUUUUUGUUACUAACCAUAUUUCUGAAUGUUUGAAUGUUUAUUGACGAUGUAUUUAUUGACAAUGUAAGCAAAUUAAAUGGUACAAUGAUUCGUUUUUUUCUGCCAUUAGGUAUUAUUGGGGAAUUAAAAUGGUGUUUUUAGGGUCUUAAUCAAGUGUCAGUUUUCCACAAGAUGCCAGCUAAAACACAUGACAAUCACCAAGACUGUGCUCUGUGACAUCUUUGAAGUGUAUUUCUGUGUGGUAAGAUCUGGGCUGCAAAUGUAAAAGAUGUAGGGGAAAAGGGUAGAUUCGUGAAAAGAGGGAAACAAGGUCUUCGUAGGGUUUCUGACAACCCACUAAGCUUGUCACACUUAUUUCUUAACACAUAUCAAAACUGUGACAAAAUGUGCCGUGUUAUUAUGGCAUGCCACUAAUCCUCUGGAAUGCAGGUAUAGCAAUUAACGUCUGUAUACUCAACAGCAAAGCUUAACAUAGUGUGUGGGUAUCUUUUCUGUUCAUUGAAGUUUCCUUUCCUUCAGGUUGACUUCUUUCAUGUUUCCACACCCAGAUAUUGAACCAAAUUGACUGGCUCUAACAGUUGAGCAAUCCUUGUGAUACUUUGCACUUCAAAAUCCUUAUAGGAUAUUCAACACUGUUUGACCACAGUAUUUUUUAUGUCACUUACGAUUCAAAAGCAAAUGCUUUUAAUGUAUAUUAGGUUAUUGUUUUCCGUAAUUGCACUUCUCCAGUGACAUUGAGUAUAAUAUUGAACAAAGCGAACAUUUCAGAGUUCCGAGGUUUUACAUGCCUUUAAACUUCGCUCAACCAAUGGCAAGAUUUAAUUUGUCCAUUUUUGUUACAAGUGAAUGUUCAGAUCUGUUUUUGAAGUUAAAAAGUGCAGGGGGUAUGAAAAGUUCUUAAUGAACAUUUUCUCUACCUUUUUAAAGCCAAAUUGCGUGGCCUCUUUUUAAUGUUGCUAGAUCCAAGUUGCUUUUCGUUUAACGAAAUGAUUUUGUGUAAUAAUACAAGUCGCGUAAAAGUUCCGAACUCGCUUCCUAAAAAUGUCCCCAUUACCAUACUUGGGUGAUUUUCACCAAAAUGAUGCCGUUUUUAGUUUCUGUGUGUAAAAAUUAGAAACUAAUUUUCCAGAAAAACAAAAAUAUAAAAGAAAAUAAUAUACACAUUUCCCCCUUUUAAAAAAAAACUUUAUUACCAGUUCAUUACUGUAAGAGAGAGGAUUUUUUUUACCAGGGAAGAUUUUUUUUUUUACCAAGCUUAUAAAAUUAAAAGUAUAAAGUCAGUCCUGAAAGGUACAGUGUAAUUUCAAAAGAAGAAAGUCCUUACAUUUGGUAGUGUCUGUUGAUUUGCACACAUACUGGAGGAAUUGCCAUCUCAUAUCAGCUGUAAUUGUCAUGUGAGAACUUUGCUGCUGUUGCUAGGAUCAGUCAAUAACAAUUUGUAUUGUCUUACUGUUAUCAUGACUGGGAGUUUCCAUCCAUUAAUAUAACUUUUUUAUAGUAAUAAUAAUCUGAUUGACAUAAUAAAAGUAACCACAAUGAGAAGGUCAGUUUUGAUUCAGCAUUUAUUAGCACAUACACAGGACCCUAAAAUUUCUUUUAAAAUACCUUUUAAGUGUUAUUGGAUUAUGUGAAAAUUAGUAUUUAGUAUAAUCUGUAAAUAAGGGUAUUGAGAUCACCCAUUUUAAUGAUUAGGAGAUUACAGCAUCUACAAUGCUUUACGCAAAGGUACAGAGUUACUGGUGUCUAUGUUGUGAGUCUAUGGAUUCCUAUUUCAUGAUUCUUGGUCAAUCCAAAAGUUAUUGAAGUAUUUCUUGAAGUCUCCAUGAAACUAGGAGAAGUGUUACACACUGAAAGGAACAAUGUAUUUGGACAUGAUUCAGAUUCUAAAAACAAAAUCAGAAAUUGUUAAAUAUUUUUACAAUCAAUUUAAAUGUAUUUAGUUUAUAGAAAGGUCUACAGAAACUGAAAGGAACUGGAGAAAUUACAGUAAUGAUAUAUUGAAAAGAAAACAUUUUCCUGUGUAAAAUGAUAAUUGUAUUGUUAUAUCCAGCCAUCCUGCUGGGUCCCUAGUCAUUUGGUGAAAAUCACCCACAUUGUGAACAAAUCAAUGCAACUGAGAUGUUAACUACAAGGGAAUUAUAGUUUGCUUAUAAAGCAGACUCUGUUGGUCUUUGGGGAAGCCUUUAGACUUCUUUAGUCUAUAAUAUUUGUUUAAAUAUGCUUGCUAAGAUUAAGUGAAUGUUCCUGCUAUACUUUUUUAUUGGAUUUUUUUUACCCUAUUAAUUUACCGUUUAUCUGCCUGCAUAGAAAUGUACUGUUCAGAAAAUCUCAGAUCUGAUUAUUAAUCAUACUGGACCUAAAAGAACAGUAUAAUCUGCAUUAACCUGGAUUUGAUUAUCUGUAAACUUUUACGGUGGACUUCUAAGACUAAAAACUAUUGCUGAACUUGAUGUAACCUUAACGCUCCAAUCAUUACUAUGAUGGCUUGAAAAUUGUGCUCUAACAGUACAUUUACUAACUCUGCAUGAUUACUUGUUUAAAGAUCCAUUUUUGCUAUGAAGUCUAUUUUAUUAGGAGCCCAAAUCUGCUUCUUUGCACUUCCUACAAAUUCUAAAAGUUGCAUUCAGAAUUCCACUGGAUUAAUAGUGAAACAGAAAGCACCAAUCAAGAAAAUGACCUAUGUAACAGCCUAUUCCCCGCCAACGGACAAGCAGAGAAGUAUGAAAAACACUGUUUUGAGAGAAAUAUUUAUAUGAUUUCUGGGUUUUGUCUGAAAAUGACUUUGUGCAUGAAUUACUGGAAAGACAAUACAUUAGAGAUGGUUCACUUUACCCCGAUAGUAUCAGAGUAUGACGCACAUGCGGUGUAUGUUGAUAUGUACUUUAUGCUGUAAAUAUUAUAAAGAUAUAUUUGGCUGUAGCUUUUCUCCUUGGCAAAACGUAAACAUAAUAUAUUUUUGAUGAAAGCCUAGUUUAUCAGCACCUCAGAAAAAAAUGUUCUUUCACAGGUUUCACUGUAACAAAGCUAAACAAGGCAAUAAUAUUUUAUUUUUGUUCACCCCAGCAUCAGUUACCUGUGAAACAUACUUCCUUUAACGUUUCCUUUUCUUCCCCAAAAGUGCUUAAAUGCGUUGUGGUGCAUUAAUGCACAUCACACUUCAUAGUUGCAUGUAGUUCACGCUAUCAAACAGGAUAAAUUUAGAAUGUUAUUUGAAAUUUGAAAUUAAAUAUGCACAUCUUUUACUAGCUGCAGUUUUAAAAUUGAUUCUGAUUUUUAUAAGAACAUUACCCAAGUUUGAAUUGGGCAAGUUGUUUCCAGUUUGAUACAGUUUGUUGUGGUAAGGAGGGGUUGCAGGAGCUUUUCAUAAAUUGUAGGUUAGACCUUCAGGCUUUUUUUAAAAGAAAAAGAAAUCUCUCAAUUUUGUUUUCUGAGCACCUCACAGAACUGUUCCAAAUGAUUUAUUUUUUUAGGAUUUUGAAUAAAUGGCCUACGUUUUAAUAUACAGAUUGUUUUUCAUGACUGUUGUUGCUGAGUUAGUGAUCAUGCAAGUAAAUGUGCUUCUUUCACUUCUAGUUUAUUGAACCAGAUAGUGUUCCAGAUAAUCUGGAGAAUACUCUAGACUAAUGUUGUGAAGUGCCAUGCAAUUAAAUUUGUGCACUGAAAGCAUUGUUUUUCCUUUAGUUUUUAAUGGCAAAAAGUAACUGUUUUAUAAAGGAUUAUCAAAUCUUGUCAGCUUCUACAUUCUAUCAAUUAACAACUUCAUCAGGCUUCUGUUUUUUUUUUCCCUAAAAACAUUGUGUUCCUUUGCCUUACUGACUGUGCUGUUAAUAUGUUCAGAAAUUAAACACAGUACCCCAGCAGCUUUCUGAUGCUGUAAGAGAAGUUAGUCUUCCAUACAGAAUGUAUUUAAAAAAGGCUAGUGUUCAGACUGUGUGUAUGAUUUUAUUUUCUGUCUUACAAAAUUCUGCAAUUGUUAUGUGUGCAUUGGAUUGAUUUGUCAUUUCAUUAUUUUUAGGAAUUCUUAGAACAUUAAAAACUGAAGCCAAAGUGUUUCUCUGCUGCUCAGGCACUUUUUCUUGUGGCGCUUAAUCUUAGUUUUAUUUAAGCACUUGAUUCUUCUUGUUCCAAACAGUAUUUGAUUCACCAGUAUAAAUCCAUUAUUCACAACAAGAUAGUGUUUUCUUUUAAGGGAAGGAAUCCAAAAGUAAAAAUCAGGGAUUGGGAAUGUAGGGCAGCCACAGGGCUUGGUCCUCACCAGCAACUUAUGAGACCAGGAAGCUCAUAAAACACUGCCAAUGACGAUGGUGAGGACGUUAUAUUUUAAGGCAUGUCUGUAGUCAUUCAUCUGUUGAUCCAGUCUUCGGUUCAUUUGCUGUUCCUAGUCCUCUUCCUAUUUGCCUUGAUGGCUUUUUUCCCCCUUGUGUGUCAAAUGCAGCAAAUUAAAAGAUUUCAUUCUGGUUAUGUCUGGAAACUCUUAACACUGGUGGUUUGAAAUUCUGAACGAAUCAUGCUCACUGUUAUCAACUUAUGCAUUUUGCAACAACAUGUAGCAGUUUUUUUAGACAGUAGAGUGUUUAGAGACCUCUAGAGGAGAAGUCGUUUUUCUCCCUCGAAUUGUGAAAUGAAAUGACUUAAAUCUGUUCAUGGCUGAGAAAAUUCAAUAUAUAGAUCAAUUGAAAUGACCAGAGGGUGGGAAAAGAUGGUGCCAAAAGACAAAAAAAAAUAAGCUUGGGAGAAGACAAGCUCAAGUAAGACUCCCAAUACUUGGUUAAGCCAUGUCUCCUUAGCAGUUGCUGCUGUGUCCCACAAGCUGAGCCAGAUGAAGGACUUUUGCCAUUGUUGUUAACAUUACUGUAGUGCCUCUCUUGGUUUCUAAAGCUAGAGUUGUCAAAGACGUUUUUAGUAACAACUUCAAAUUGUUACAGCUACAGUAUAUCUGCAUUCAACAUUUGCGCUGAGUAUUCUAAUUUGAGCAUGCCGCUUCCAAUGGAAAAAACAAGCGACUAUAUUAGCGGUUUUUGCGGCUCAGAAUGGAUAAGGCUUUCACCUGGAGAGUUCAUCUGUGCACCUCUUUCCUGAUGGUCAAAAUUGUAAUCUUUUUUUUAAGAAAUGAUUUUGAGUCCAGGUACAGAUAAUGACAAUGUGUUGUGAGAGUGCCAACUGAUGUUGUCCCUCACCACAAAUAAGUGCUAGCAGACCAGAAGUAAUAAAAUAAUGUUGGUGUCAGUGGAGUUCAGUUCUGUUCUUCCUUCUUCCCAUUUACAUGCAGUUAAUGCCUGUAACUGUGGCAUUGUCGGUAAAAUACCUCAAAUUUGAAAGAGAAAAUGUGACAUUUAUAAUAAAAAAAUUAAUCAGAAGAAAAAUGUAAGCACCACCUAAUAAAUUUAAUUUAACAUAAGUUACCUAAUAAUAAACCUAAUAAUUAAAGAAGCAUGCUGUAUUGUAUUGUCAAAUACAGUCCAAUUUCAGGUAUAUCAAAUAAAAUGCAUUAAAAUAGAAAAAUACAGUGUAAUGAUCAUGCAGAAUAAAUCUAAAGUUUUUUUUUCUGCAACUCUUAAUCAAAUAUGAGAAUUUAAUUAUACAUCUUUUCUUACUUGUUUAAGUAAAACAGUUAACAGACUUUUCCUUGAGGGAUUUCUGGAUUUCCGUCCAUGGAAAUAAAAACGUCUGUUGGUGAUGUAGUUUUAAAUGUUAUUUUCUGACCUGUAACGAUGAAUUGAUUGUGGAAUAAGACAGCAUUGCUUGAACUUGGAAUUACAGAGGCAUGAAGCUACUUUUAAUUGGUCCAGAAUGGUAUUGCAAUAGACAGAACUAUUAAUUUCACACAGAAUUAGUGACAGGGAUAUGAUGUGUCAAUAAGUGAGGGAACUCGGUUAAAUUAAAUUGCCAUUUGCACAUUUAUAUUGCACAGGCUUAGCUGCUGAUAGUGGUCAAAUAAUAAAUGUCAAGGAUAUGUAAUCGUUCUAGCUUUAAAAUUCUUAAGAAGGUAAAAAUCACUGUAGUACAAUUAAGAGUUACAAAGCAAGACCUUCCUUAAUACUUAUAACCUGUUCUGAAAUCAGAAAAUUUGCUUAGUUUAUUUAAAACUGGGGGAAAAAACACCUGGUUGAAGUUUAAUUUUUAUUUUAACUUUUUUUUAUCAUAUCCUCCAUAUUAUAUAAUAUGAUGAGCUUUUAUAGUCUCAGACGUAAGUAUUGUCACCCUCCUAUUCUUGACAGCAUUUUACAUUGAUGUAUUAAGUGUAAGCUUCUAUGGUGCUACACAAAUACAUUUUCACAUCCCAUCUUAAAUGCAGUUUCAUCAGAAAUCUUAACUUCCACUGUAUCAGCUUAAUAAAUUGGUAAAUAAUAUUGCUGGAGAGUACCAGCACAUCUUUAUGCAAAUGACAGUAUUAGAUUUUGAGUAGAAUAGUCCUCCAGUACCUAGUUUAUCUCCUAUGGCAAAACACAGAUGGAUUGUGAAAAAACUGCUGUUAUUUACUGUUGUGAAUUUUUAAAGAUUUGUCUUAACAUCUUUGUAACAGCUUCCAGAACAGCUGUAGGUUUUUGUAACCACUCCGUUCCAUUUCUUUGAGACUCGUUACGAGCAGUAGCAUGUUGUAGUGGCUAGGGCUGUAGCCUUUGGACCUGAGGGUUGUGGGUUCAAAUGCCCCACUGUAUUAUGGCUCUGCGCAUUGUUCUUGUAAAUGAAUGCCUCUCAAAUUGUUUGUGUGGUAAAAUAAAGGAGAAUGAAGAGUGUGGUUUGAAUCUCUGCAUAAUUAUUAUUCCCAGAAGGGUGUCUUAACUACUCUGGAACCACUUGACGUGGAGUUUUCCUUAUGCGUUUGUUAGAAGAUGACAUACACUGGGUAACCCCAGAAAAACUGCUUUUUUUCUUUGGUCAGAAAAGAUGUACGAAGACGUUCUGUCUACAUGGCUGCAUUUUCAGAAUAUUCAUUGGUGCUUAAGAGAAUCCUGAUUAAUUCUAUCCAGACAUAAAGAAAAUAGUAUAAUGUUUAAUACAUUAUAAUGUGUAUAUACACACACAUUAUAUUAUAAAUCUAAAGGACAAUUAUCUUUGUUUCUUUAUUAUUCUACGGCUUAUUAAAAGAUCUGUGCAGUUGAAGGUGGGUGUGAAGGACUUGAUUACAAGGAACGUGUGGUAUUAGACUUGUUUUUAACUCGGAUGGGUGCUAGUAGGAAUACAGUAGAUGUCAAAGUCGGUAUUGAAUGUGAAAAGGGUUAAAAACUAGUUGGAGCCCAUCUUGCUCAUUUGUUUCUUAUAGUUGCGGUUUCUUGAAAGAAAUGCCAACAAACUGGCUUUAACAACAGAGUUAGAAACCACAGAUUGGAAUAGAAAAUUACAAAUAAAAUAACAGGCUAUAUAAUUCCUCAAAACCAUCUCGCUGUUGUGUUUUUUUAAAUACCAUAACCAGAAAUCUCAUUCUUGUUCACAGAUCAGAAUAAAACUCUACAUGGCCAAAGGUGUUCUAAACCUACCAGUUUUAAAAUAUUGCAAAAGAAAAUUGUUUGGUUUUAUCCUUCCUUAUGUUCACUAUAAUAACUUACAUGCAUUUGCUCCAUAUCUUUUCACCACUUAAUAUGUGGCUUUUGCAUUAAAUUGUAUCGAUUCUUGGUCACAAAGAAAAGUAAGGUAAGCCCUUGAGGAUUGGAAGGAUUUGCUUAAACUGCAUAGUACUUUUAGAGUGUGUCAUAUUUUAUCUUUGUAAGUAUUGUAUGUAUGUAUUUAUGUAUAUGAGGUACAAAAAAAAUCUCAAAAAUAAAUCAAAAAAAUUCUGUACUGCCUUCAAAGUCUGUGCAUUUUAUUACUUCUGAAUAAACGGUCUCUGUUACUUAGUCAAAAGCCUUUUUGUAUUGUCAAACUGAUGCUGGUGGUUUCCUUUAUUUUUUGUAUAAAUACAAGACUGUAUCUCUUCUCUGUUGUCAAAUUUAGGCUGUAAAUUCAAAAUAUUAAACAAAUAAAUAUUUCAAACAUUUAA